GAUGAGGAUGGCGGGGAUUGAAGUGAGCAAGAGUUCGUCAGGUUCCCACGAGUGCGGUGGGUGCGGCAAGCGUAUCAGGGAUCGAUAUCUCCUGAAGGCGGUGGACCUGUUCUGGCACGAGGACUGCCUUAAAUGUGGCUGCUGCGACUGCAGGCUCGGCGAGGUCGGCUCUACCCUCUACAAGAAGGCUAACCUGCUGCUCUGCAAGCGGGAUUACCUGAGAUUAUUCGGGACUACGGGACACUGCGCGGCGUGCAACAAAGUCAUACCAGCCUUCGAGAUGGUCAUGCGGGCCAAGAGCAACGUCUACCAUCUGGAGUGUUUUGCGUGUCAGCAGUGCAACCACAGGUUCUGUGUGGGCGACAGGUUCUACCUGUGUGAGAACAAGAUCCUGUGUGAAUAUGACUACGAGGAGAGGCUGGUGUUCGCGAACAUGUCCUACUCGUCCGACUCUCUCGCGCACAUCAAGCGUCAAGUGAGCGGCCUACAG